AUGGCGUCGACGGGAGUUGACAAAACCGCCCCUGCCCCUGCCCCUGCCGCCGGCGCCUCGGACCGGGACGAGAAAAGAGCCGCCGCUCCGGGCAUCGGGCGUCCAGAUGCAAAGCUAGGCCGCGACUUGCUGCCCACCGGGGGGUCCAAGACGGCUGACUUUACCCACCGGACGCUCAAGUCUCGGCAUAUCCAGCUCAUCGGGAUUGGCGGUACCAUCGGCACCGCCCUGUAUGUUCAAAUCGGCAAGGGUCUCCUGGACGGCGGGCCGGGCAGCUUGUUCGUGGCUUUUUCCUUUUGGUGCACCUUUGUCCUGGCCAUCACCAUGUGCAUGGCCGAAAUGGUCACCUACUUGCCCAUCUCGUCGCCCUUUGUUCGCUUUGCCGGCCGCUUCGUCGACGAAGCCUUGGGGUUUGCCGCCGGCUGGAACUUCUUCGUCCUCGAGGCAGCCCUGGUGCCGUUUGAGAUAGUCGCCUGCAACUUCAUCCUCCGCUACUGGACCGAUGCCGUCCCCGCCGCCGCCGUCAUCGUCGCCGUCAUCGCCCUGUACGCCCUCAUCAACCUCAUGGCCGUCAGGUGGUACGGCGAAACCGAGUUCUGGUCCGCCCUCGGCAAGGUGCUGCUGAUUGUCGGCCUCGUCGUCUUCACCUUUGUCGUCAUGCUGGGCGGGAACCCCAAGGGCGACCGGUUCGGCUUCCGCUACUGGGCAGAUCCCGGCGCCUUCGCCCCCCUCUACUACGACGGCGCCCUGGGCCGCUGGCUGGGCUUUCUGCAGUGCCUGAUCCAGGCCGCCUUUACCGUGGCGGGGCCCGACUACGUGUCCAUGGCGGCCGGCGAGGCCGAGAACCCCCGGCAAGUCAUGCCGCGAGCCUACAACGCCGUCUUCUACCGGCUGACGGCCUUUUUCGUCCUCGGCGCGCUCUGCGUCGGCAUCCUGGUCCCGUACAAUGACGCGCAGCUGACGGCUGCCUACCAGACGUCGGCUCCCGGCGCCGCGGGCUCCCCCUACGUCGUGGCCAUGAACCGGCUGGGCAUCGGCGUGCUCCCGCACGUCGUCAACGCCAUGGUGCUGACGGCCGCCUUUUCCGCCGGCAACUCGUACGUCUACUGCGCCUCCCGCUCCCUGUACGGGCUGGCCCUCGAGGGCAAGGCGCCCGGGUGGCUGACCACCUGCACCGGCAACGGCGUCCCCGUCUACUGCGUCGCCGUCGUCCUCGCGCUCGCGCUCCUGGCCUUUCUGCAGCUGUCGCAAGACGCGGCCGUCGUGCUGGACUGGUUCGUCUCGCUCGUCACCGCCUCGCAGCUGCUCAACUUUUGCUGCAUCUGCGUCACCUACCUGUGCUUUUACCGGGCGCUCCGAGCCCAGGGCGUCAGCCGCGACACCCUGCCCUACAAGGCCUGGCUGAUGCCGUGGGGGGCCUACUACGGUCUGGCGGGCACGCUGGUCAUGGCCUUUGCUGGGGGGUAUGCCGUCUUUCUGCCCGGUCGGUGGAAGACGGCCGACUUUUUGUUCUCGUACACCAUGAUUGUGGCCUUUGCCGUGCUGUUUGUAGGGUACAAGGUCCUUUGCAAGAGCAAGAUGCGCGCGGCCGACGAGGUCGACCUGUUGCAGGACAUGGACACGGUGGAGGCGUACGAGAAGAACCAUGUCCCGCAGCCAGCAAGUAACAAAUUCGAAAAGGCUCUCGACUUUGUCUUUGGAGCUGAAGAAGCGCCAAGAGGGCAUCAUGCCCAUGCCGGCCACCACACAGUUAAAAACAUAGUCAAGCUGAAGAGACGGCGAGAUGCCAUCAUCCUCACGUCCACGCAGGCCACCAAGCAGUAA